CAAGGAUCAAACCCGCAACCUCAUGGUUCCUAGUCGGAUUCAUUAACCACUGAGCCACGACAGGAACUCCAAUGAAAAAUUCAAAUCUUUAAUGUAGAAAGUAAAAAUACCUCAUGUUCCCGUCCUGCUAGAGCCCUGAGAGGGGUUGGGGUGAGUCCCCUCCUCCAUCUGGGGGGUUGCUUCCUGGCCCCCCCACCCCCCAAUCCCUGAAGGCACCAGGAUCACCCCCUGAGUCCUAGGCCCUGUGACCAGGUCCCUUUGUAGCCUGACCUCUAGUGGGCACCUAGGGUCACUGCAAGCCGCUUGACCCCAGUCAGCAAGGUGAAAAAAAGAAAUGUCAUUUGCAUAAUGUUUUCAGAACUUUCCCUGACUUUGACUUGAAAAUCCACAAGUGAUGGAAGCCCGCCUUCCUAGGACAUGAAAUGCUCCGUUGGCGGGGCAGGGAGGGCUUCUCAGGGAGCAGACUGGCAGCAGGCACAGACCACCCAGGAUAUGGCUUGGGGAGCCGUGAACAGCCCAGGCCAAGCUGCAGACACAAGCUCUUCUCGGGGAAGCCAGCCCCGCCACUGCCUCCACCUCUAGAGCAUCUCUGUCCCCAAGCCUGGCUGCUGGUUUGGAGGCAGGUGAGUUGGGGCCAGGCCAUCCCACGUGCUGUAGGGGUUGAGCCGCAUCCCUGCUCUCCCCCACCGUGACAACCAAAGAUGCCUCCAGAUGUGGCCACGGUACCCUGGGGACAGUCACCUGGUGGAGAACCUCUGGGUCGAUACCUGGAGCUCCAUGCCCAAAUAUGGCGCCAGGUGUUGGCGACUCAGCCAUGAACAGGUGGCAAGGUCUCAGUCCUGCGUAGGUCACAGCAUAGAACACCCCAAAAUGGGUUCAGGUGCCUCCCCCUGACUCUUGGGUGCUGUAUGAGGGGAUGGCCUGUACCCAGUGUAGUUGGACGUGUGGUAGUUGGCAUGACAAUAAAGGUGCUGUGUCCUCACCCAUCUCCAUCUCUACCCAGGACCUCACUGCCAGAACCUCAGCAGGGGCCUGGGAACGGGGUGUGUGCAAAGCUCCAGAGCUGUGGUUCCUCCCUGGUACUGGGCCUGCCCUCCAGCACGUUUCCCUGGCUCCUGAUGGACAGGAGGAGGCCAUGGCCACUGUGUCAGCAGGAGCACCGUCUGCCACUUGAGCUGGUGGAUUGGCUUCCCACAGGGCGGGUGGGCGUGAGGCUUGGUGCCACCAGGAGCUUAGCGGGAGGGAGAUGCCCACCCAGCCUGGCGUGCUGAACUGGGAUCUCUGGGCGGAGGGUUGAGCACUCAGUUUUGCAGACCUCCCAAAAGACACUGAUGUUGCACAAUAGAUCCCUUCUGCAAACAUUGUUUUGAGGGUUGCAGAGAAUGUAAGAUACACAAUGUUCCACCAUCCUCAGAAUCCCUGGUAUUCCCCUUCAGAGCCGGCACCCCCACUUGUAAAGCCAGUGUUCUCCAUCCCUAUAGUUUAGCUUUUUUCUAGAAUGUCAGAUGAACAAAAUUACAUAGUACGAAGCUUUCUUAGUCUGGCUUCUUGCAUUUAGCAGUUUCUCAGCUUUCUCAGUGGGCUUUCCUGCUGCUCGGGGCAGGCCUCUGGCCUGGUCAGCCCAGUGUGCUCCUGUGUAAAUCAUAUAAGGGGCUUCAGUGAGCAGGCGCAGGCACAGGCGCAGGCCAGGUGAGCACAGGCUAAAUGCCGGCCCCACUGGGGCCCUCAGCCAGGGGUCCUUGGGUAGGGAACACACUUCAAGUGACUCUGGGAGGCAGGGCUCUUAUCCUGCUCCUCCUCCCACUCUCUGGGGAUUUGGAAACAAAAGCCUGGCAGCUACGUGUUUGGCAGCCAUAGGCUUCUCCCCUGAGACAGUGGCAGUGAGCCAAGCCCUGCCUGAAGUGGGAGGGAAACGGGACAGUAUGAGGGAAAAGGUACAGUUCUGCCACACUUACAUAGUGACGGCUGACUUGCACGGAAGCUGACUCUGCCUGGCUGUCUCUUAAGCACCUUUCAUGCUGUGUGAACUGGUCUUUUCAAACUUCCUUUGGGAUUGGUUUGAGGCACAGAAGUUAGAUGACUUGUCUGAUACACACAGAAAGAGGUAGGGUAGGGAAUGGGGGGCCCUUGUCACUUGCACGCAGUACUCUGGAACAAUAAGUGGGGUCAGCAGCACAUGUGGUGAUGGAUUUGCUGGCCUGGCUUUGUUGUGCCUGUUCUGGAAGCACGUGUAGGCUUCGCCAUGUGGUCUUUGCUCUUUGACCCCUUGUUCACAGUGUUGUGGGUUGCGGUUGUGUGCUUUUCCUCAUUGGGUAGAGCUCCUCUGUGAAUACGCCCUAAAUUUUCUUUCUAAUCUUUUCUCCUCUGAAUGGACAUUUGGGCCAUUUCUAGCUUGGAGCUGUUAGAAGGAAGUUGCUGUGGGGUUUCUGUCCAUGUCUUCCGGUGGACUAAAGCUGGGUGAGGAACUGCUGGCUCAUAGGGUAUUCGCACAUUUAGGCUUUGUAAACACAGUCUGCCUAUAUGGCAGUAUCCCUUUUGUGAGUAGUAUCUGAGGGUUCUAGCUGCCACAUCCUUUAUAAACUGUCAGUCCUUCUAAUUUUAGCCAUUCUUGGUGAGGAUGGGGUUGGUGAUGAGCUACUCUUGACAUGGAAUGACAAGACAGUGUACCAGUGGUGAGGGCCAGAGCUUCCACUGUUUUCUAUGCUACAGCAACGUUCCACUGGGCUCUGGAGAAUGGAGAUGGCACAGAAGCCAAGGGCCCUCCAUGGUGGGCUGAGGUGAGACAGCCAUGAAUAAAACACUAGGCUAAUGGUGAGAUUCCUGGAUAAUUUUGUCAUUAGCUAUUAAUGGACCCAUGGUGACACACAGACCACUGUAUGGAGGGUGAUGUUUGAAGUAAUAAGCAGCUAAUAUGGUAGAGCACUGCCCAUUCAGCAUUGGUGCUGGCUAGAAGCUCAGCCCUGUUCACAGGUCAUGAACUUAAAACCUGUUUAAUAAAGGAGCCAAGAAACCUGAGCAGUGCCUGGGCGCAUCCUGUUUGCCCAUGGCUAGCAUGCAGCAGUGCCUGGGCGCAUCCUGUUUGCCCAUGGCUAGCAUGCAGCAAAUGAAGGUGUGGCCCAUCAGGGCUAAAGAUGCUUAUGAUGACUUGAGCAAAUACUGGUAUUAAUCAAGAAUAUUAAAGUUAGCAUGAAGAUACUGAAAUGCAAAUCAGAUCUUGUGGUAAAGAACACAGGGAAGCAGAAAGCAUUUGAUUUUACUAAAAGGUGAAAACAAACAUCCUGUCUCCACUUUCCGAAACUGCCGGGAAGGCACACGUGCGAGGGUGGAGAAAACGGAGACCAAAGAGCAGAAGAAAACAGGCCGAGAGUUCAAAGCGGCACCGGCACUUCUGGAUGUCGGCUGUUCUGAAUUCCACGGGCUUCUCCCCAGAGGCUGCUCAAGAAAUACACAUUCUCUAAAGUCAAAAUUUCAGCCCAAUUCGUCAAGAGACAUUAGGGGUGCCCGGUUAAAUCUGAACGUCAGAAAAACAAUGGACUUUUUUUUUUUUUUUUUGCUUUUCAGGGUCGCACCCGCGGCACAUGUAGGUUACCAGGCUAGGGGUCCAAUCAGAGCUACAGCUGGCGGCCUACACCACAGCUCACGGCAACGCGGGAUCCCUAACCCGCUGAGCGAGGCCAGGGCUCGAAGCAAAAACCUCAUAGUUCCUAGUGGGAUUCACUUCCGCUGAGCCACUAGGGGAACUCCACCGACCACUUUAAAUACAAGUAUGUUUCAGGUCCUGCGUGGGAUACACUCCUACAGAGAUGCUCCCCGGCGCCUGAAGGCGCAGGGGUGCAGGUCCCACCUCUUUCUUCCUUUCCAGGGGACAGAGACCCGGGCAGGGGCGCCCCACGGCCCCGCAGGCCCUUCCGUGGAAACGGUGCGUGGGUUUCUCUGACUCGUGGGAGGGGGUCUUCCGGAGCAACGCCCACCAGAGCCACGCCAGGGCCGCCACGGAGAGGAGCCCACACGGGUCCGGUCCCACCUUCGCCCCGCCCCAGGGCCCGGCGGCGCCUCGUCUCACCUCGCCCCGCCCACCUCGAGCCCCGUGCUGCUUGGGUCCAAUCGGCCGCCAGAUGAUGCGUGCACGUGUCUAGAAGGCAGCGUCUUAUUGGCUAGUCAAGGCCCAAUCAGCGGUGGGAUCAGAGGGCCGUCGCCGGAAGGGCCGGGCCUCGGCGGGGCGGGAGGGCGGAAGAGGAGGGACCUCGGGGUCGCGGCAGGCCCCGUGGGCGGGCGGAGGCAGGGCUGCGCGAGGAGUGACGCGCGUGAGCCAGCCCCCAGCUUUCGUCACGGCUGUCCUCAUGAACCUCGUCAGCACCCUGACAGCCGCUAAGCAGAGCCGCAGCGGCCACUUUCGGGAGCCUUCAGGUGUCCGUUCGGUCUGUCAGCGCGCAGUCACCCCAAGCGCGUCAUGACAGGAAAAGAAGCACAUUUCAAACCUUUGGGAACGAAGUGUGCCUCAUAGGUCAUUCGAUGUGCCCUGUCCCUAGCACUGUUCACCGAGAGUCCAUCUGCUGUGAGUGCCACACCAGAUUUGGGGGCCACCUGCCAGUGCCUAGGGCUGAGGCGGCUCUGCCUUACUGGGUCCCUCUGUCCUUGAGACCCCAAAAGCAGAUCCAAAAGAUGGUCCGGUUUUACGUCCUCAAAUCCACCAAGGCAUGCCGCUGCCCGUGCCAUUGCUUUGGGGGCCGUCUCCCGAUGCCUAGGGAUCAGGCCACGAUGCCCUACUGGGUGCCCCAGGUCCUGAGGUCUCAGAAGAAGGUGGUGAAAAGGCAGCAGCAUCUUAAAGACAUUCCAGAAGCCACCGUGGACCUGCGCUCCGGGUACUGGCAGAUCUGUGGUGAAGGGGGCCGUCUCCUCAAGUGGCAGCAGCUUCGGGCCCUUCACCAGCCCAAGCCGGUGGCCCCAGGGCAGCCAGCAAGCCUCUUGGCCCCCCUCCUGCCCCUCAGUCUCAGCCUCCUGACCUUCCUCCAGGCCCUGCUGAGGGUCAUCGUGGCCAUCCGCCAGUUUUUUGGGGUUUGAAGUUGGAAUCUUCACAUUCUGUCAAGAACAUCAACAAAAAUGUCAGUCAUAGUCAAGGUCUUUAACAAACGCCGUCAAGUCAGGAGGGGUCUGUGAUAGCUUCUGUUUUCUCAGAUCAUAUAAUUCACAUCAAGAGUCAGUCCAAUUAUUUAUCAUCAGGUGAUUUGUAGUUGAAGUGUAAUUUUGUGAAUGCAGGUGAGAUUCCAUUGUAAAUACAGUCAAUAAAUGUUAUUUGUGAAACUUAAA